AUGAAACAAAUAAAUAGAGAUUACUUGCAGUCGAACCCUCUUUUGGGGCCUAAACCUCAGUUUAAAAAUACCAUAAAAACUUCCUCAGUGCGUACAAAUUUUAAACUAGUGGAUGCAAGGAGUGCCUUAAGAGCUCAGAAUUUGGAAACGCUGUUUUUUAAGUGAGGGAGUUCUAACUACAGAAUGACCCCUGCUUCUCCACAAGAGCUUAAUUGAUUUUCCAAGAGAAGAGGAGGUCAAGAGAGAAAUACUAGGAAAAGAUCUUCAAAGAAUGCAACUUAUGACUUUGAAGAGUUCAGUCAGAUGAAUACCAAAAAUAACCUGACCUUGAAUCUGAAAGACAAAGAGGUUAAGUUCAACAAAAGAGCUCUUCCAAAACUCAGGGAUGGGGAAGGCCCUGUGAUCAAUGUACCUUAUUUUAGAGACUCUAAAGAGAGAUGCUUCUCUGAAGAAAAACAAGCAGGCUCAGGCUUUGACGAAGACCCAGAUUCUGUCUAUAUCAUUUUGAAGAAGCACCAAGUCCGGGAACUUUCUAAGAUAGUGGACGCUCAUAUUAAAGAGAGCAUGGAAAGCUCCAGAAGAACGAAGCCUUUUAAAAAGCAGCUAUUCAGGAGGGAGUUGAUGCCUACUUCUCUUCAAAGAACUGAGAGGCGUCAGCAAGUGCCACGCUCUCCUAUUAAAUCUACUGAAUUCACAUAUAAUCACAAGGAGGAAAAAUCCCAAAAUAUUCUAAAAAUAAUGCAGAUUUAUUUAAAAUAACAAGAAAGAGGACGCCAAUCAUUCUCUGGGAAGCAAAAAGGCUAGUAUCAUAUCAAGAGCAAGAGUUUUUACUCCUACUGAGUCUAGAAGGAGUUCAAUUAAGGAGCUUGGUGAUAGCUUCAUUACAGAGAGAAUGAACAUGAACCUAAAAGCCGAACCAAAGAAGCUUACCUUCACUCGUCCUUCCAAAAAGACAUCCAACUUCUUACAACAAAGAUUGAAGAGUUCAAAAUCUUCAAGGAAGAACAAAGUAGAUGAACUAAUGAGGAUAAUAUCAGAGGAAGAGAUUGGCCAGUACAGAAACAACAUCGUAAAUACCUUGAGCAAGGCUACUUAG